AUGGAUACUUGCUCAGUGAUGUAAUUGUCAAUUAUUACUUUUAAGUUUCUAGAUACAUUUCUCAUAUUAAAAAGCUCUUCAAAACUAAGAAAAGAAAAUAUAAGAUAAAACUAAUUUUUUCCGAUUUAAACAAAAUCCUAUUUAAUAUUUUUUAUAACUUUAUUUUUAAACAAAUAAAAAAACUGUUUAUCAGUAGCGAUAUAUUGUUUUUUAACAAUUUCUUUAAAUUUUUCUAAAUUUUUUUAGAAUUAUAUUCUAUAAAUCAUCGACUACAAAAUAACUGAAUAAAUAAAAUUGCUUCUCAAAUAAUCAAAGCAGCAAAGUCUCUUUAAACUAAUCUAGGCACAUGAAGAUGGCAGACUUGUGAUAUCAUAUAAAUAAGAAAAGCAUUUUUCUAUUCCAAUUUUCUUGAUCUUUUCAUAAGUUUUUUUUAACUCAACUUUAUAUCCUUAAAAUUACAGAGCAAUGUUAAAAAAAUUAAUUACAUCAUUAUUAAAAUCACUAAUAUGUUUUUUUACAAUCUCUUAGUCAAUCUAUUUUUAUAGGAACUAUUUUAAAUUCGUAUUAAUCCAAAAUUUAUUAUUAACGUAAUCAACUAAACAUUAAUCGCAGUAUUUAUUUUAGUAGUCUUCUUCGCUUUGUGAAUAUUCAAAAUUAUGUUCAAGAAAAUAUUAUUUUAUCAACUGGUGA